AUGGAGGUAAUACUCCAGAUACUGGGCAGUCCCAUACGUCUCAAUGGAGCAGUCAGAGACGAUGGGACGGCCCGGUGGGAUCUGGAAUGGGACCGUCCAUUUCUGAGGUUCUUUGUGGAUCUUGGGCAGUAUAUAAAAGAGCCUGGCCCUCGGCUCCUCCUUCCCUCUCAGCAGCAAGAUGAGGAAGAGGAGCAGCAAGAUGAGGAAGAGGAGCAGCCAGAGGAGGAAGAGGAGCAGCCAGAGGAGGAAGAGGAGCAGCCAGAGGAGGAAGAGGAGCAGCCAGAGGAGGAAGAGGAGCAGAAAGAAGAGGAAGAGGAGCAGCAAGAUGAGGAAGAGGAGCAGCAAGAUGAGGAAGAGGAGCAGCCAGAGGAGGAAGAGGAGCAGCCAGAGGAGGAAGAGGAGCAGCAAGAAGAGGAAGAGGAGCAGCAAGAGGAGGAAGAGGAGCAGCAAGAUGAGGAAGAGGAGCAGCCAGAGGAGGAAGAGGAGCAGCCAGAAGAGGAAGAGGAGCAGCAAGAUGAGGAAGAGGAGCAGCAAGAUGAGGAAGAGGAGCAGCCAGAGGAGGAAGAGGAGCAGCCAGAGGAGGAAGAGGAGCAGCAAGAGAGGAAGAGGAGUAGCAAGAUGAGGAAGAGGAGCAGCCAGAGGAGGAAGAGGAGCAGCAAGAGGAGGAAGAGGAGCAGCCAGAGGAGGAAGAGGAGCAGCCAGAGGAGGAAGAGGAGCAGCCAGAAGAGGAAGAGGAGCAGCCAGAGAGGAGAGGAGCAGCAAGAGGAGGAGAGGAGCAGCAGAGAGGGAGAGAGGAGCAAGAGGAGGAAGAGGAGCAGCCAGAGGAGGAAGAGGAGCAGCAGGAGAGAAGAGGAAGAGGAAGCAGCCAGAGGAGGAAGAGGAGCAGCGAGAAGAGAGGACAGCAGAGAGGAAGAGGAGCAGCAGAGGAGGAAGAGGAGCAGCCAGAGGAGGAAGAGGAGCAGCCAGAGGAGGAGGAAGAGAGCAGAGAGGAGGAGAGGAGCAGCAGAGGAGGAGAGCAGCCAGAGGAGGAAGAGGAGCAGCCAGAGGAGGAAGAGGAGCAGCAGAGAGAGAAGAAGAGGAGCAGCCAGAGGAGGAAGAGGAGCAGCCAGAGGAGGAAGAGGAGCAGCCAGAGGAGAGAGAGGAGCAGCCAAGAGGAGGAGAGAGGAGCAGCCAGAGGAGGAAGAGGAGCAGCCAGAGGAGGACAGAGAGAGAAGAGAGCAGCAGAGAGGAGAGGAGAGGAGAGCAGAGAGGAAGAGGAGCAGCCAGAGGAGGAAGAGGAGCAGCCAGAGAAGAGGAGAGAGCAGCAGGAGAAGAGGAGCAGCAGAGGAGGAAGAGGAGCAGCCAGAGGAGGAAGAGGAGCAGCAGAGGAGGAAGAGGAGCAGCCAGAGGAGGAAGAGGAGCAGCCAGAGAGAGGAGAAGAGGAGCAGCCAGAGGAGGAAGAGGAGCAGCCAGAGGAGGAAGAGGAGCAGCCAGAGGGAGAGGCAGCCAAGGAGGAGAGGAGCAGCCAGAGGAGGAAGAGGAGCAGCCAGAGGAGGAAGAGGAGCAGCCAGAGGAGGAAGAGGAGCAGCAAGAGGAGGAAGAGGAGCAGCAGAGGAGAAGAGAGAGCAGAGAGAGAGGAGCAGCCAGAGGAGGAGAGAGAGAGCAGAGGAGGAGAGAGCAGCCAGAGGAGGAAGAGGAGCAGCCAGAGGAGGAGAGGAAGAGGAGCAGCAAAGAGAGGAAGAGGAGCAGCCAGAAGAGGAAGAGGAGCAGCAAGAUGAGGAAGAGGAGCAGCCAGAGGAGGAAGAGGAGCAGCAAGAAGAGGAAGUGGAGCAGCAAGAAGAGGAAGAGGAGCAGCCAGAGGAGGAAGAGGAGCAGCCAGAGGAGGAAGAGGAGCAGCCAGAGGAGGAAGAGGAGCAGCCAGAGGAGGAAGAGGAGCAGCAAGAGGAGGAAGAGGAGCAGCCAGAGGAGGAAGAGGAGCAGCCAGAGGAGGAAGAGGAGCAGCCAGAGGAGGAAGAGGAGCAGCAAGAAGAGGAAGAGGAGCAGCAAGAUGAGGAAGAGAAGCAGCAAGAUGAGGAAGAGGAGCAGCCAGAGGAGGAAGAGGAGAGGCCAGGCAGGAAUGAGAAGAGCAGGACAUGUGGGUUAUAA